UCCGGUUCUAAUAAAUGCAUAAUUUUGUUGUGUUAGAAUCUUAUUUUUACAAUAAAAUUGAUAGUUUUAUAAAACAUGGAUUGGCAAUUAACGUGCCGUGUUUGCCUGGAAACAGGUGACAUGGUCUCUUUAUUUGAUUGGGACGAAAAUAAUGAACAACUCGGCGACAAGUACACCUACUGUUGCGGCGUGGAGGUGACCAAAAAUGAUUCAUUACCAACGCUUAUUUGCUUGAACUGCGUGGAUCGCUUAACGUUUGCGUGCCAGUUUAAGCAGCAAUGUCUAUCUUCAAACGAAACGUUAAAAGAGUGCCUCGAUGAGUUUUUGAAGACGUCAGCCGCUGUGUCCGCGAAUAAAAGUGACGAAGGUAAUGAAACAGAAACAAUAACAAUCAAGCAAGAGAAUGGCUUGCUCCUACAGUAUGAGUUGCCAGUGGAACAUGACCCACAGGCACAGUGGACGAGAACACUCAUUAAAACUCCCAACAGUGCUGUUGUCACGAAAGCUCCUGGACGACGGAAGAGGGGAAGACCGAGAAAAUAUCCUAAUGAACAAGGACAGAUUGAUAUAUCACCAUAUCAAAGAAAAAAGCCAAAACCAGACAUAAAGGAGCCAGAAUCUAUAACAACAUUAUUGGCAUCCGGAUCCUUGGAAUUAAAACAAGAGCCAGAUGAUGAUGAACAAGAUGAAUUUAAGACUGAAGAUUUGUAUUAUACAGAGCUGGAUGGUGAUGAUGAUCCUGACUUUAUACCCUGUGAAGAAGUGGAAUCUGAACCGGAAACAAAGAAAGAGAUAGUACAACCAAAGAAAAGAGGAAGGCCUCGAAAAGCAGUUCGAGAGGAACUUAAACCGAAGGAAGAAGACGGUGAGGAUGUUUUACUCAAAGAGACAAUCUUGGCCUUCUCUGAACCCAUCCCCGACCACAUCCUCAAUCCAAAGCCGAGGAAGAAACGGUCGCAGCCUAAAAAGAAAUAUAUAUAUGAAAAGACACAUGUAUGUGAAACGUGCGGAGCGUCGUUUACAUCGAACGCUUCACUACAAGCGCAUAUACGUCGACACUUGGGCAUCAAGCCGUUUGUAUGCAGUGUUUGCGGUUACGCGUGCGUUUUGAACAUGGAGUUGCGUCGCCACAUGAUGCGCCACACCGGCGUGCGACCGUACAAGUGCCGCGUGUGUGACCGCCGCUUCGGGGACUUCGGCAGUCGCCAGAAGCACGAGAGGUUACACAUGGGUCUGCGCCCGUAUCAGUGUUCACUGUGCGGGAAGGCCUUUACGUACUCAUACGUGCUCGCCAACCACAUGCUGACGCACACCGGAGAGAAGAAAUACUCAUGUGGUCCAUGCAACAAGAAAUUCACAAAAGCACAUCAUUUGAAGUAUCAUAACAAAGUUCAUCAUAAGGAGCUGUACAUACAACAGCAGCUGGAACAGGAAGCCAAGAAGAUCAGGCAACAACUGAAUGUGAGCAACUUGUCUGGAGUCAUCUCGGGUCAGAUUGUAGAUGGCACUUUACAACUUAUACAAGCCUCUUCCGAAGAUGGCGAACAAGAUACUCAGAUGCAGGUUGUUGAAGAGCAGGACGGAGAUACGGAGGAGAAAGAGACGGAUCGCGCCGUGGCCGGCAUGCAAGGGGUCGUUUUAGAAUCGGAGUUCUCUAUGGACGAAGAAAGCAAGCAGUAGCUUGACAAUGAAAUGCGUAAUGUGUAAGUUAUGUACUUUAAUAUGUAAAAUAUUUUUACUUCGGAUAAUUGUUAUGUAUGCAGUUGCAAGCACAAUUUCAGGGUUUUAAUCAAGAUACUGAAUUUUCUAACACUAUUGUUAAAUUUAUUGUAAUUGAUGUUUUAAUUUCUUAGAUAUGAUAUAUUAUGAAAUAGAAAUAAAUAUUAUCAUGGAUACA